AUGAUGCAUUCUCAAGAUGACGGGGUGAUCGCGACCAACGACGAUGCAUCGAUUUGCAAAAGAAUCCGUUGCUCCCCAAAAAAUAUGCUGAUUUUAGAUAAUUACAUCCAGCAUUUUGCGAAGAGUGCCGAAAAAAAGGCUCCAGAAAUAAAGAGAGCUCAUAUGAAAACAUAUCAAGCAGGCCAGAAAAAGCAAGCCAGCCCUGGCCAGCUAAACCAGUUUCUUGAACUGACGAAAAAUGUGUGUCAAGUUAUAAAUCUUGGGUCUGGUUUUGAUACUCGUUAUUGGCAGUUAAAGGAAGCUUGCCAAAGUCCAAAGACGUUUUAUGAAGUUGAUUUUGGUGCAGUUAUAAGCAGAAAAUGUAUGGCUAUAAGAUAUAUUAAUCCGAAAUUGCUUAGUUUAUCCUGA